UGCCAAUCACCCGCGUGUACAACUGUAAAGCCUCUGUUUAUUAAAAAUCAGUGAUGUACAAGCUCCUCUCCUCAGUGCUAUAUAUAUAUAUAUUCUUUCCUUCUCCACAAUUCUCUCUUUACUACAAAUCUUGACUCCUUUUUUUCCUAAAAUAAAAUCUUUUAUUUUCUCAUUCUAGUCCAAACCCAGACCGAUCUACUCUCUUGUUUUUGGUUGAAAUCUUGGUUUUUCAGGUGAAAUCUUGAAUUAUAAUGUCGACAGUGGUGCAUUCUAAUGGAAAUGGUCAUUCACAAAAUGCCCCAAAUUCGAAGCCAUUCAAGAUUUUCAUAGGCUAUGAUCCACGUGAAGAUGUUGCAUAUGAGGUCUGUCGUUAUUCCCUUCUCAAAAGAUCUUCAAUCCCACUUGAAAUCAUACCCAUUAAACAAUCUGAGUUAAGGGGAAAAGAGUUAUACUGGCGUGAAAGAGGGAAAUUGGAAAGCACUGAGUUUUCAUUUUCGCGUUUUUUGACACCCCAUUUGGCUAAUUUUGAAGGGUGGGCUAUGUUUGUUGAUUGUGAUUUCUUGUACUUAGGAGAUAUUAAGGAAUUAAGGGAUAUGGUUGAUGAUAAAUAUGCUUUGAUGUGUGUACAACAUGACUAUGCUCCGAAAGAGACAACGAAAAUGGAUGGGGCAGUACAAACUGUGUAUCCUAGGAAGAAUUGGUCAUCAAUGGUUCUUUACAAUUGUGGGCAUCCUAAGAAUAAGGUGUUGACACCUGAGAUAGUGAAUACUGAAUCUGGGGCAUUUCUUCAUAGGUUUACGUGGCUGGAAGAUGGGGAGAUUGGGGAAGUUCCGUUUGUUUGGAACUUUCUUGUGGGGCAUAAUAAGUUUGUUGAGGGUGAUCCGGCUACAUUUCCUAAGGCAAUUCAUUAUACGCUUGGUGGACCUUGGUUUGAGGCUUGGAAGGAUUGUGAAUUUGGAGAUUUGUGGUUGAAAGAGCUCGAGGAGUACAAGAAGGCGACUGAGAAGAAGUUGGAUUAGGCCAAUGUAGCUCGUGGUAUUGAUUCCCACAGUUUAUAUUUAAGGUAACUGAUUCGUUACGUGCAUCUUCAGAUGUUUGAGGGCUAUGUUCCCUUGAUUUAGUCUUCCAUAUUGUUUCGAUCUAUAUUGUCUCCGUUAUGAGAUGUAACCGAUUUAUUUCAAUUCAAAUACUUUGUAUUCUAGUUUUACUGCAUAUUAGGAAACAGUUUUUCAGUCAAAUCUUCGUAUUGUAAUCAUUAUAGAUUCAUUAAGGAAAGAAUAAGAUCAACUUGAUCUUUGUUCUGGUUAUUUGAUGUUACGACUUUUACUUAGUAAGCAAUUUUUCGAUCAUAUCUUCGUAUUGUAUUUGUAACAGAUUCGUCAAGGAAAGAAUAAGAUCAUGCUGUCUUUGAAUGA